AAGGAUUUUCAAAGCAUUUCACUUUUGUUUCCCCCCCUUGUUUACUGCAGAUUAUAUAUAUACAUAUAAGAGAUCCAUAUCUGAAACACUUGUGAAUCAGUGCUUGUAACAUAAACUUGUCCAGUUUCCCAACACAUAUUCCUGUUUCUUUUAGGACAAUGAGAGAUAUUAUUUCAUGUUUUAGUGAAAACGCUGUAAAUGUUUCUCAUUCUUCAUGUUCAAGCAAUGUCUGUAGCACUCAAAGCUUAGUUCCUUCACUAAAAAGUGCAGUCACAGGUGUUUACCAAGUGAUUCUUUCCAACGGCAAGUACCUGUUGAUCAGAGUCACAUGGUCCAAGAAUCAGACCGGUGAAGGCCUUGCCAUAAACUUUGGUGACGAUGACCCCUUGACAUGUUUCAACAUCAAAACGAAUUCGAGGAUUUUCGGGAAGAAGAAAGGAAAUAGAGUGACUGAAUCCGGUCACUCGAAGAUCGAAGUCUUUUGGGAUCUUUCGACAGCAGAAUACCACACGGGACCGGAACCGGUCGAUAGGUUCUAUGUUGUGGUCGUGGUCGAUUCAGAGAUAAGCCUUGUUCUAGGCCGUGUGGGUGAAAAAAAUAUUGUGAAAAAGCUCAAGACUAGCACCACCAAAGUGGCGAAAUCCUCUCUCGUAAGUCGGCAAGAACAUUGUUCGGGCAAUACACAUUAUUCCACCAAGGCUCGAUUUUGUGACACGGGCAUUGUACACGAUGUUUCGAUAAGAUGCAGCGUAGAACAUCAAGGCCUAAAGCAUCCGGUUUUAUCGGUUUGCGUCGACGAUAAGAAUGUGAUUCGUGUGAAGAGGCUGCAGUGGAAUUUUAGAGGAAACCAGACGUUUUUUGUUGACGGAUUGUUAGUUGAUCUGAUGUGGGAUGUCCAUGACUGGUUCUUCAAGCCCGUCUCCAGCUCUGCCGUGUUCAUGUUUAGGACGAGAAGUGGACUCGACAGCCGGCUUUGGUUGGAGGAGAAGUUGUUGCAGAAAGAACAUGACAGAGCUGGAUUCUCUUUGUUGAUAUAUGCAUGUAAGAGCACAUAAACAAAACUAUUUCACUUUUGUUCAUAUUUGGUUAU